AUGUCCGAUUUCCCACCAAACUUGUCUAUAAGACCACUCACUAUCCAAGACAUCGACCAGUGUGUCGAGUUAGAGGCUAAAGGUUUCCCACCCGAAGAAAGAUGUUCCCGUGAAAAGUUCAACUACCGCUUGACGGUGGCCCCUGAAUUGUGUGCUGGCUUGUUUGUCAGAGAGUACGACUACAAAUACAAUGCUAUCAACUUGCCUGAAGUCGCUGAAAAACUCCAGAAACAACACCAGGACGAAGACGACGACGACGACGAAUUGCCCUCCCACUCCUCUGUCCUCAAAGAAACUUUGAUUGGCCAUGUCAUUGCUACAAAAAUCGCCUCGACCAAAAUCACCGACGCUUCCAUGCAAUUGCCAUCGAAAGAAACCCCGGGUUCUGGCCACAUCGAAAGCUCCCGAAAUAUAGGUAUCCAUUCCGUAGUCAUCCACCCCGACUGGAGAGGCAAAAACUUGGGUGCAUUGUUAUUGCAUGACUAUAUCCAAAAAUUAUCCAACCAAGACGUAGGCGACCAGAUUGUGAUAAUCAACAAGGAAAAUUUGAUCCCGUUCUACGAAAAAAUCGGAUUCAACAACCUCGGCGAGAGUGAGUGUAAAUAUGCUGGAACUACAUGGUACGAUAUGGCAAUCGAUUUGGUCGCCACCGAUGAUCUCUAG